CAUCUCAUCUCAUCUCAUCUUAUCUGUUUCCAUCCAUUGCUUCUUGUCCUGCCCUCAGGGGCUUUGGAGAAUAGGUUGACACACACCCCCUCUUAUUUAUGGCAUCCACAGGUUUCUGCAAAAAUCCAGGAAAUAGGAGGAUCAGGAGGUGAAUAACAAGAAAUAAGGGAUUGCAAAAAAAGAAAGAGAGAGAGAAAGGAAGGAAGGAAGAAAAGAAAGAAAGAAAGAAAGAAAGAAAGAAAGAAAGAAAGAAAGAAAGAAAGAAAGAAAGAAAGAAAGAAAGAAAGAAAGAAAGAAAGAAAGAAAGAAAGAAAGAAAUCUGCCAGCCCAGGCAGGGCGAAUGUUGUCAAUUCUCAUGUUUACAGAAGUUUUCCCAACUUCUGGCGGAAGAUCCCCGCUUUCUCCAGCAGAUGGCAGCCGAGUCAGAACUGUGCCCGGCGCGGAGUAAUGACGUCAGCCUCCUUUCCCACGUGGAGGCUACUUUGAGCAGAGACGUCCGGCCGUAGGUUUGGGGCCAGAGUGCAAAGAGCUCGACGCCCCGAGGCUUCACCAUGACAGCGGAUGUUGAACGGCUCCUGAUCCAGUUCAAAGAUGAAGCCGGGCAAAUUCUGGGGGCCCCGUUUGAUGUCCCCGUGGAUAUCACCCCGGAAAAGCUCCAGUUGGUUUGCAAUACUCUCUUGGAGAAGGAGGAGCCCCUGCCCUUGGCCUUCUACGUCCAGGAGUCCGAAAUCGUGGCCUCCCUGCAGAAGACCCUGUCCGAACUGACCCUCGAGACCGAACGGGUGGUUGAGAUCGUCUACCAACCCUUGGCCGUGUUCCGGGUGCGAGCCGUGACGCGCUGCACCAGCUCCUUGGAGGGCCACAGCGAGGCCGUCAUCUCGGUCGCCUUCAGCCCUACCGGAAAGUACCUGGCCAGCGGAUCUGGGGACACCACCGUGCGCUUUUGGGACCUGAACACGGAGACCCCACACUUCACAGCCAAGGGUCACCGCCAUUGGGUGCUGAGCAUUGCUUGGUCGCCCGACGGAAGGAAACUGGCAUCCGGGUGCAAGAACGGACAGAUAAUGCUCUGGGAUCCAAGCACCGGAGCCCAAAUUGGCCGCAUCCUGGUGGGACACACCAAGUGGGUCACGUCGCUCUGCUGGGAACCUCUGCAUUUGAGCCCCGAGUGUCGCUAUUUAGCCAGCUCUUCCAAAGAUGGCAGCGUUCGAAUCUGGGACACAGUCGCUGGCCGCUGCGACAAGAUCCUCACCAGCCACACUCAGUCGGUCACCUGCCUCCGGUGGGGAGGGGACGGCUUGCUGUAUUCCUCUUCACAAGACCGCACCAUCAAAGUCUGGAGAGCCCAAGAUGGCAUCCUGUGCCGCACCUUGCAGGGCCACGCCCAUUGGGUCAACACCAUGGCGCUCAGCACGGAUUAUGUCCUCCGGACAGGAGCCUUUGAGCCCGCCAAAGCUUCUAUCAACCCCCAGGAUGUGAGCGGAUCACUGGCAGAGAUCAAGCAAAACGCACUAUUGAGAUACAAUCAGAUCAGGGGCCAAGGACCGGAAAGGCUGGUGUCUGGAUCAGAUGACUUCACCUUGUUCCUUUGGCUUCCGGCAGAAGAUAAGAAGCCCUUGACCAGAAUGACAGGCCAUCAAGCACUGAUCAAUCAGGUCUUCUUCUCCCCUGAUACCCGCACCAUUGCCAGCGCAUCUUUCGACAAGUCAAUCAAGCUUUGGGAUGGACGGACCGGGAAGUAUCUCACGUCCCUGCGUGGACACGUCUCAGCCGUGUACCAGAUUGCGUGGUCGGCAGACAGCCGUCUCUUGGUCAGCGGAAGCAGCGACAGCACCCUCAAAGUGUGGGACACCAAGACGCAGAAGUUGGCCGUUGACCUGCCUGGACACGCGGAUGAGGUGUUUGCGGUGGACUGGAGUCCUGAUGGCCAACGAGUAGCAAGUGGAGGGAAGGACAAAUGCCUCCGGAUAUGGAGACGAUAGCAGAAGGACUGAAGAUCAACUUUUUAAAAUUCUUUUCUGACCCUAACUGUGGUCUCCUCCUCCUCCUGUUUUAGGGAAGAUUUGGGGGGGGUUGAGAUUGGGGCCAUUGUGUGCAGAAUACUUGCAGGGAGCUUCCUUUUAUAUUGAACACUGGAACACUAUACUGAAUAUUUUCAUCCACGUUAAUAUCAACCUGGAUGCUACAGCGCAAGCAGGAAGACUUUCAGAUCACGUUUCACCUUGAGUAAUGACCUAUGCUGGUCAGGCACAAGCCACCAUUCCCUUGCUUUGGACGCCCGUCAAUAAGAUGGAUAUCAAUAUCUCAUUCCCUCUAAUAGCAAACUCUGAGAUGAGUAUAGAACAAUUGGGACUCUUGACAAACGAAAUGAAGGUUUCGUUCAGGCUUGGCUGAACUUAAAUAUUUAGAUCACUUUUAAAAAAGAGGGAGAGAGAGAAUUAUCCAGGACGACCGAAAAACCACCAGAAAAAAAAUUCAAGGAGGAACUGAAGAUAUAGCACAAGAUAGCCACAAUUUUGACUAAAGUUUGAUAAAAAUGAAGAAGCAAAGAUGGAAUGGAGGUCGCCCAAAGAAGGAUGGAGACUGGCGGGAAAUCUGGAGCAGUUAGGAUAGGAUUACUGUAUGCUGCAAUGUGGGGUGGGUUUUUUUGCAGAUAAUAUUUCUUUAAUUAUAUCCUUUUAAGUCACA